GGGUGGACCGACGGGCGCGCAGCGCGGGCGAAGCCAGCUCGGGGACUACGAACUCGUUCCUCCUGCGUUUAUUGGUAGUUGAACCUCAGCCUGGUUCCGUUCUACCGGGAAUUCUGUGUGCUCGGGUAUAUGGCCGCGUCUACGAGCGCGCAAGACCAGGGUUGGGACAGUGUUGUCUGCAGACAAAGGGGGAAGGCUAGCUCUGCCCCCCACUGGCGCCCCCUCUGAGGCCGAGGACACCAGGUUUAUGAUAAAUUGGGAUCCAGUCCAUUUCACAGGGCUGACCCACAGAGUUCACUGGACGGAUUCUCACCCUGUCACCAGAAAGUGUACUAUCUGGGUCUUCAUGAAAGAUGCUGUGAUUUUGAAAUCAGGUCACCUGGAGCCUGGGGCUACCCCAGCCCUCUCAGGGUUCGGCAGACCUCUGAAGUGAAAGAGACAGUGGUGGUCAAUGUUAUUUGAGCUGGGUCAGCAGGCCCUGGAACUUCCUGAGUGCACGAUGCAGAAGGCUGCUUACUAUGAAAACCCAGGACUCUUCGGAGGCUAUGGCUACAGCAAGGACACCUAUGGCUAUGGCACCCCCCAUCAGCCUUACCCACCCCCUGCUGCUGCCAGCUCCCUGGACACUGAUUACCCAGGCUCAGCCUGUUCCAUCCAGAGUUCCGCACCUCUGAGAGCCCCAGCCCACAAAGGAACUGAACUCAAUGGCAGCUGUAUGAGGCCUGGCACUGGGAACAGCCAGGGUGGGGGUGGUGGUAGCCAGCCUCCUGGCCUGAACUCAGAGCAACAACCACCACAACCCCCUCCUCCACCACCAACCCUGCCCCCAUCCUCGCCCACCAAUCCUGGAGGAGGAGUGCCUGCCAAGAAGGCCAAGGGUGGGCCCAAUGCUUCUGGCUCCUCAGCCACCAUCAGCAAGCAGAUCUUCCCCUGGAUGAAAGAGUCCCGACAGAACUCCAAGCAGAAGAACAGCUGUGCCACUGCAGGAGAGAGCUGCGAGGAUAAGAGCCCGCCGGGCCCGGCGUCCAAGCGGGUGCGCACGGCAUACACCAGUGCACAGCUGGUGGAGCUGGAGAAGGAAUUCCACUUCAACCGCUACUUGUGCCGGCCGCGCCGCGUGGAGAUGGCCAACCUGCUGAACCUCACGGAGCGCCAGAUCAAGAUCUGGUUCCAGAACCGGCGCAUGAAGUACAAGAAGGACCAGAAGGCCAAGGGCAUCCUGCAUUCGCCGGCAGGUCAGUCCCCGGAGCGCAGCCCGCCGCUGGGCAGCGCCGCCGGCCACGUGGCCUACUCCGGCCAGCUCCCGCCCGUGCCCGGCCUGGCCUACGACGCGCCCUCGCCGCCCGCCUUCGCCAAAUCUCAGCCCAACAUGUACGGCCUGGCCGCCUACACGGCGCCGCUCAGCAGCUGCCUGCCACAGCAGAAGCGCUACGCGGCGCCCGAGUUCGAGCCCCACCCCAUGGCCAGCAACGGCGGCGGCUUCGCCAGCGCCAACCUGCAGGGCAGCCCGGUGUACGUGGGUGGCAACUUCGUCGACUCCAUGGCGCCCGCGUCCGGGCCCGUCUUCAACCUGGGCCACCUCUCGCACCCGUCUUCGGCCAGCGUGGACUACAGCUGCGCCGCGCAGAUUCCCGGCAACCAUCACCAUGGACCGUGCGACCCUCAUCCCACCUACACAGAUCUCUCGGCCCACCACUCGUCUCAGGGACGCCUGCCCGAGGCCCCCAAACUGACGCAUCUGUAGCGGCGGCCGCCGGCCAGAACUCGCGGCGCGAUUACCUCUUUUGCUUUGGUGGCGGGGGUGGCGGGCGGGGCCCGCGGGGCAGCUCGGUGACCCCCUCCCUCGCCCUGGCCCGGUCGCCGCCUCCCGGGUCUCGGGCCAACAGCGGCCGAGACGCAGGCGACUGGGCCUCCCCUCCAGGCGCGCCCUCCUUUGGGUGACUCGCCAUAAAUCAGCCGCACGGAUUCUCCACUGUAACCCUGACAGUGCCAUAUACUGCGGACCGAGGGACUCUAAUCUGGUAAUGGUGUCCCGAAGGUAAGUCUGAGAUCCAUCGGCGGCGCGCUCUGCAGAGGGACCAGCGCCCGGACAGCCCCGGGCCUGGCCCGAGUCUAGCUUAGUCGCGGAGACCUUAAUUUAUAUGCUCCUUCCCGUCCCGUAAGGAUUGCAACGGACUCAACGAUCUGUAUUUAUUAUUUGAAGCGAGUCAUUUCGUUUCCCUGAUUAUUUAUCCUCGUCUUAAUGUAUUUAUGUGUAUAUUUGUAGAAUUCUCCAGCCAAGCUUAGGAACGCGCUCCCAGGCUGCGGGGGCCACGUUUCACCUCUUUAGUCCCCUUGGUCUGAACUAGUUGAGAGAGUAGUUUUUGAACAGUUGUAACCGUGGCUGGUGUUUGUAGUUGAUGUAAAGGAUUAAGACCGCAAAUUGUCCUUCAUGGGUAGAGUCAGGCGGCCCCGCGGCGUGGCACCGCACCAGUUACUCAUUUCUGAACAGCCGCAGCCCUCACCACUCGACACAGUUUAUUGAUUUCAAAUUGUCUGGUACUAUUUGAACAAAUAUUUAGAAUAAAAAAAUUUCUCAGUCCGAAGUGUAUCUGUGUUAAUCACGCACACUUGGAAGUAGAUUACUCUGCCUUUUAUCUUUCGCACAAUCCCAGUAGAAG